CAGUCGGGUUUAUCUCCAGGUCGAACUGCUGGUAUUGCAAUAGCUGUAUUACUUAUUGUUGUUGGGGUAUCUAUAGCCUUGAUGUGGUAUUAUAAAAGAAAGCGACCGGGAAAUACAACUCGGAUACACAGAGGAACAGUGGCUCUACAAAACACCCAAAUCCAGGGAACAGUGAUGAAGAACCCACAACAGUUUUCUGGCUUUAAUAAUCCUAUGCAACAACAACAGGGGACUGGAUUUGCUCUAGAGCAAAAUCCGUCACAAAAUAACCCUCAAAACAACCAAGCCCCUAUGUAUGCAAGUCCCGAUCAACUCGAUGACGAAGGAUAUGUGGUUGCCAAAGACAACUGUAUUAUCAUACCUAUGAGAAUCCGGAUCAAGUGA